UCCAAAUCAAAAUACAAACGAUACUAAUUUGGAUAUUUUAACAAAUAAUCGAAGACCAACAUCACCAUUUCAAAGUGAUUUGACAUCGAAUCUAAUACAUAAUUCAAUAAUGUACUAUGUGAAUCAAAUACGUCCAAAUACGCCGCAGAAUCGUCGACGUUUGUAUGAAAAACCAACAGCACCACCAGAACCUGUAGGUGGUGUUGUCAUUACACCGUUCGAAGUUCUUAUGCAUGGUUAUCUUUUACAUCGUGUUGUUGGACGUGGUUCAUUCAGCACGUUGUAUGAGGCAAGCCGUUUAUUUGUAUCACGUGGUGGUGUUGCUUGUAAACAUGUUAGAAUUGGUCGUGCUGAAGAUAUAAGACCCACUGAUUCGGAUGGUCAAUGGCGACUUCAGAUGCAGCAGAAUUUUAUUGAAGAAGAAAUUCGUAUAUUACGUCAGAUUCGACAUCCAAACAUUAUACAAUUAUACGAAAUAAUUAUCGGUGAUGAUAAUCGUGAUUAUUAUAUUAUGAUGAAAUUUGCCGCAAACAAAACAAUCGCUCAUUAUCUAUAUCAAUUCUAUCAGAAACCAUUACCAGAAACGUAUGCAAAACGUUGGACACGACAGCUAAUGUCAGCCAUACAAUAUAUACAUGAAGAACAUCGUGUUGCACAUCGUGACUUAAAAUUGGAAAAUUUUCUUCUCGAUGAAAAAUAUGUUGCCCUAUUGACUGAUUUUGGUUUAGCUAUUUCGCUGUCAAUCCAUUCAGAUCCUUUCUCAUCAUCAUCAUCAUCAUCAUCGUCGCAUCAACAUCAUACAGGUAUUGCUAACAAUCAUAUGUUAGGAAAUUAUUGCUGUACAUCUGCCAAUAAAAGUAUUGAUGAUCGUACGAAACGUAUCGAAAUUUUAUUAUCAACUCAAUGUGGUUCAACUGAAUAUAUGGCACCAGAAAUCCUAAAUCAAGAACUACAAUCAAAUAUCGAUACAUUACCAUGGUGUACAUAUGAUCCAUUCCGUUCCGAUAUCUAUUCAAUGGGUGUUUGUCUAUUCGAAAUGCUUAACUAUCAUCGUCCAUUUCGUUGGUCAUCAUAUAAAAUUAAUAACAACCGUAAUGGUGAAAAUAAUCUUGUUUGGCAACAACGUAAUCGUCAAUAUCGUUUUAAUAAACGUAUCUAUUUAACAGAAGAAUGUCGUGAUUUAAUCGAUGAAAUGCUUGAACCAAGAUUGGCAUUUCGUCCAACAGCACGCCAAGUUCUUGAUCAUCGUUGGUUUAAAUAUUCAAUACGAUAAAUUUAUUUCUUAUUUU